UCUACGGAGCGCAAUAGGGGCCAAGCGCGCCUCUGUGCUGUCUCGUUAGGUCCGUGGACCCUUGCCUUCCUCGCUGAGUCCGUUUGAACCUUUGUCACAGUACAUUGUAGUUUCUUGUCGACCCCCACCAACUGGGUCUUCCUGCGUGGCACGCUCUCCCGAUUCUUCUCAGCCGUUCUAAAUGUCUGCGAAUGUGUUUUGUGGGUGAUCCACAUUUGUUGUGAAACGAAAGCCAGCACGUUUUCAACACUAAGCACAUGGUAAAAUUCCACUUGACCGGCGAUAUGUUAGUAGAGUGCCACCUGAGGUGGUUGGUUACGGUUUCUAAAUGUAGUUGGUUCUAAUGAAUUUUUUUUUUCUUUUUCUAACUCUAGAUUGUCCCCUAAAUUCGUAUUCCCGCGCAAAUCGGGAUUCAGUAGGUGCCUUGGAAACGCCUACGAACUUCCUCUCCUGUCAAGUCUCCAGGCCAGUCAGCAAUUAGGCGUUUGAUAAGUGCCGGUACCGGGGAUACAGUGACAUGGACCGUGGAUACAGUGAUGACCCUCCAGGAAAUGCAAGAGAGACAUCCAGACAGCUUUCAAGAGACCAGCUCUUUGUACUGAUAUCAGCAGCUUCCAUUAACUUGGGUUCUAUGAUGUGCUAUUCUAUCCUUGGACCCUUUUUCCCCAAGGAGGCUGAAAAGAAAGGAGUUAGCAAUACAGUUACGGGUAUGAUCUUUGGAUGUUACGCUUUGUUUGACUUGCUGGCAUCUUUGGUGUUUGGAAAAUAUCUUGUACAAAUUGGAGCAAAAUUUAUGUUUGUAGCAGGAAUGUUUGUCUCAGGAGGAGUUACAAUUCUCUUUGGUGUAUUGGAUCAAGUUCCAGAUGGACCGAUAUUUAUUGCUAUGUGUUUUCUAGUGAGAGUGGCAGAUGCGGUCAGCUUUGCGGCAGCAAUAACUGCGUCUUUUUCCAUUCUCGUAAAGGCUUUUCCAAAUAAUGUGGCUACGGUAUUGGGAAGUCUUGAGAUUUUUUCUGGACUGGGACUAGUUUUAGGGCCUCCUUUAGGUGGCUUCUUGUAUCAGUCCUUUGGCUAUGAGAUGCCUUUUAUUUUGCUGGGAUGCAUAGUUCUGCUGAUGGUACCACUCAACAUGUACAUUUUACCUAAUUAUGACUCUGAUCCAGGCAAACACUCGUUCUGGAAACUGAUCACUCUACCCAAGGUCGCGCUCAUAGCCUUCGUCAUCAACUCGCUCAGCUCAUGUUUUGGCUUCCUUGAUCCUACUCUUUCUCUCUUUGUUCUGGAGAAGUUUAAUUUACCAGCCGGUUAUGUGGGACUGGUAUUCCUGGGCUUGGCCCUAUCCUACUCCAUUUCUUCACCAUUGUUUGGUCUGCUGAGUGAUAAAAUACCACAUCUAAGGAAAUGGUUUCUGGUCUGGGGAAACAUCAUCACGGCAGUAUGCUACAUGCUCUUAGGACCCAUCCCAAUCUUGCACAUUAAAAGUCAGCUCUGGCUGCUGGUGCUCAUCCUGGUCCUGAACGGUGUCUCUGCUGGAAUGAGCAUAAUUCCAACCAUCCCGGAGAUCCUCAGUUGUGCCUAUGAAAAUGGCUUUGAGGAGGGAUUAAGUACCGUGGGACUCGUGUCGGGUCUCUCCAGCGCAAUGUGGUCAGUUGGUGCUUUUAUAGGACCGACACUGGGUGGAUUUCUGUAUGAGAAAAUUGGUUUUGAGUGGGCAGCUGCUGUCCAAGGUCUUUGGGCUCUGACAAGUGGACUAACGAUGGGCUUGUUUUAUCUGUGGGAACACUCACGGAGAAGAAGAUCUAAACUCCAAAAUAUUCUGGGCACGGAGGAGGAACGGACUUCGCUCUUACCUAAUGAAAUCUAGCCUUAAGAAUCCUGGAUCAAUACCCACUGGGAGAUGGGUGCUCCUGGCCUUGAACAUCAGAGUUAAAGCGGUUUUCUUAAUAUUACACACAAACCUCCACGGACUGUAUACCAGCAUCCUGACGGUCUCAACGUAUUUUUGGAUAAUCCUGUGUUGGGCUGUCCUAAAAAGCUGACCUGCUAGACCAGCCAUAUUUGCAACAUUAAGUAUGAGAAGAGCAGUUGAAAAUCAGCAAAAGUUUGUGUUUUGAGGUGAUCCAACCUGGCCAUGAAGGGAUUAUUGACUCUAAGUCUCCUGUUUCCUUUGUUUACUUUUUAAGUGCACUAAUUCUGUGAAUCUACCUUUUGUUUAUUAACAGGGAAAUAAAUUUGAUAUGCUUAAAAGUUAUAUAAAGAUUACUCAAAAUGUAUAGAAUAACUGUGAAAUCAGUUUUUAAAAGGCAUGCUGUCUCUCUGUCCUAAGAUUUUUGUUCUCCUUCAAAAGGCAUAAUUCUUGCCUCCCAUCAUGCAAAAACUCUCAGCUCUUGUAGAAGUUUUGUUUGUGUAAGAGGCAUAACAUUAGACUUCCAUUUUUGUGACAUACUUUGAAUUAGGAUCUGGAUUUAUAAACUGUGCUUAGUAUAACAUUAUCCAUUUCCCUAAUCUCCCUAUUUCAUUUCUACCACCUGUUUUGAUUUUGUUUUUGCUUUUUAACAUAUUUCAGGUAGAUGUAUUCCAUUCCCAGAGCAAGUGAGUCCACAGGACUGUUUCUUGUAUUCUAGGGAACGGGUUCAUCUGAUUUCGUGUGAAAUCCAUGCUGUUGCUUAAAAUGAGUGAAUUUCUCUGUGUCAUUCUCAUAUCUCCUGAUGUGUUUUCCUGCUGUAGUAGACACAUUUACACUUCAAAAAAAUAAAUAAAUAAAUGGUUUUAUCUAUA